AUGAACUACGAAGAAAAUUUGGAUGCCCCAGUUUGGGAUGAGUUGGAUACUCAAAAUGUAAAAAAUAAUGCCCGCAAUGUGUUUAAUAAUGACGAUUUGAAGCAAGACUUGAAUGACACAUUUGAGAAUUUAGCUAUAGUAAAUGAGGAGGAGAAGAUCGGUACAAAUUCUGAUGGUUUUAACAACCCUUUGAGUGAAGUUAUAAACAAUGAGAACGGUCUAUUGAAAGCAGAUGCUCAUCCUUGGAGUGGAGGUCAUUUCAGUGACAAUACUAAUAAUAGACAUUUGAUAGAUGUACUGGCACCGGAAGACAAUAAUCUAUUAUCCGGCUUACAAGAUGAGGGAAAAAAUAAGGAUGUUAAUGAAGCUAUUAAAAAUGGUGCAUUAUUUCAAAAUGCUCUAAUUUCUCCUAUCAAGGUAGAUGAGUCUGAGUUCGAGGGAAAUAGCCAUAAAGAAGAAAUGAAAUUCAAUGGUUCGAAAAAGCUAAAUGUUCUCUUCUCGUCAGCCAGACUUCGUAGGAUGCCAAUUCAAAAUGGUAGUCAAAAUAACACAACAAAUACUGUCGAAGUAGAACAUUCAGAUCCAUUGAAUCAAUUUCUUAAAAAAAAUGAACCAGAGUCCAAAAUAGUUAUUAACGAUAGGACAGAUAGUGAUAAAAACAUUCAAACCAGGACACAGAAUUUAGUAAGUGAAUUAGAAAAUCCUUUAUUUAACUUACAGAAUUAUGAUAAUGAUAGUGAUGAUCUACCAACUUCUAUAACUACGGGAAGACCAAAUACCGAGGAUAUUGAUACAAAUAGUAGUUCUAAUAAAGAAAAAUCCGAAAUACCAGAUAACGAUGUUAAAGGAGAUAAAGCUUUUCCUUUUACCAUCGAAGUUAAGGAUCCCAUUAAGAUAGGAGAACUUACUGCAAUGCAUGUAGAAUACAGCGUGGCUUCGCAAUCUGAGUUGAUUAAAGGUAAUUUUGCGCAAGUUAACAGGCGUUAUUCGGAUUUCAGAUGGCUUUACCGUCAGUUACAGAAUAACCAUUGGGGUAAGAUCAUCCCUCCACCACCAGAGAAGCAAAUUGUUGGAAGAUAUAAAACUGAUUUUAUGGAAAAUAGGAGGUUUCAGAUGGAACGUAUGUUAAAUAAGAUUGCAGCUGACCCGGUAUUGCAAAAAGAUGAAGACUUUUUACUGUUUUUAUCGUCAGUUGAUUUUAUUUCUGAGUCAAAAAUGAGAGAACAAUUUUCUGGAUCUAAAGCCUCAAAUGACAGUAAUGAUCUUUCUGAAGUUCAUAUCAGUGAUAUAAAAUUAUUAGGGGCAGAUGAAGCUGAAAUCGUGGCACAGACGGGUGGUUUAGAUGGUGAGCUUAAUAGGGGAUUCAUUAGCAUGACAUUUUCAUCGCAACAAAAAUAUGAGGAACUUGAUGAAUAUUUUAUCAAUAAUUUGCAAAUGCUAGAAGUUUUAGAGGACCAACUUAGACAGAUUGAUAAAAGUCUUGAAUUGUUGUAUUCUGAAAGAAAUGAUUUAGUGUUUAUUAUCCAAGAGUAUAUCAAUUCAAUAAAAAAAACAGCUGAUCUUGAAGUUAUUAAAUCUGUUUCCGAUUUACUUUUAAACUUUGCUGACGUUCAUGAAAAGUUGAAGGAAUCUCUUGAACAAGUUUCCUCACAAGAGCAUUUGACAUUGGGUGUUACUUUGGAUGAGUAUAUUAGAUCAAUCACGAGUGUACGCGCAAUAUUUGAUCAAAGGCACAAACUGGGAAGUAUUUUACUAUUGGCAGAAAGUGGAUACUCAAAAGCAAAAGCUCAACUACAUAAAUUUGAUGGCAAUCAAAAUGCUCGCAAUAUUGAUAAGUUUAAGAAUGCUAAGGCCAAUUAUCUAGUUACAAAAAAACGGUACCAAACAAUCAGAAAUAAAUGGCAAGAAGUGGGUAAUAAAGUGAAAACUGAGGUGGAAUUAUUUGAUAAAGAAAAAGUAGUGGAAUUUAGGAAUGCAAUCGAAAUUUUUCUUGAGGCAUCAAUAGAAUCUCAAAAGGCAAAUAUAGAUUUGUGGGAAACAUUUUACAAAAAUAAUAUAUAG